ACGAUGGCUCCCCUAUCGCAGGCGGUGCUGUCGCAGAGGCAGCACUCGCAUCAUGCUAUCAGGCUAAACGACACCGACAUCCUUCGCGUUCAGAACCAAGUACUUGAGGCGAAAGUACUCCAACUCACGGAGGAGCUCGUGACAACGCAGUAUGAGCUCCGGAUCGAGCGUGUAAACUACAAGUACUUGCACCGGAAGACGCUUGGGUUGGAGGAUCAACUGGAGUGCCAAGUGCAUUUGGUGAUGGAUCUCGAGGAGAGACUGGCGGACACUGCUGCGGAGCUCGAGAGUUAUCGGGAAAGCGAGAGGGUCCUGCAACCUCCAACGAUCGACUUAACUGCCAUGUACACAGAGCACUUGACCAUGCUUCAUGAAGACUUGAACAUGUACAGCGCGCGAUGUGCUUUGUACGAGGCUAGCAUUCGCGAGUUGUGGACCACCUAUGUGACUCCGUGGACGGUGAAGCUGUCCACGGCUGAUUUCACGGACACCAAACGUCUCAAAUUGAGUACUGUCGACAAGGAUUGCGAAGGAAGCGAUGCCGAUUCGGACGAUACGGCAUCGAUGGACUCGGAUAGCUACGACCGAGAGCUCCACGCAUCCAACGAAGUGCUUGAAAUGGCGAGCCACUGCGUGGACGAACUGUGUGUGGCGCUAGCUGACAGCAUCGUGCUGCACCAACAGGAAUUGGCGGCGCUUUCAACCCUGGAAACACAGUUCGAGGUGGAACGAUUGCAAUACGAAGAACUACUCAUGGAGUCGGCCACAGACGAAGAGGCUAGCCAAGGCCAGCUCGACAUCGAAGUGGAGUACUUUGCUGACAACAUGAUCGAGAUCAAACGAUAAACUGAAGAAUGCGUUAACUUAUGCAAAUGAAAGUCGUGCGGGUGGAGACUCGAGAGCACCAACCUGGCGGGCGAUAGAAUUGGCAUUGUGGUUACGUUUGC